AUGGCGCGCGACGCGUCGACCUCGGACCACCUCCUCGGGGAUGCCGACGCGGAUCCCGAACGCCCGGACGACGACCGCCCCCGCGACGACCGCUUUGGGCUGUGCUACAUCGUCUUCCUCCUCGCCGGGGCUGGCACCAUGUUCCCCUGGAACGUGUUCAUCACGGAGCGCGCGUACUUCGACGUCCGCCUCUUCGCGCCGCCGUUCACCCCCGCGCUGGCCGACAGCUUCGAGAGCGUGUUCGGCGUGGUGUACCUGCUCACCAACGCGUGCGCGCAGUACGCGAUGGUGGUGACCGGCGUCGCGAACAGGCUCUCGCCCGGGGCGAUGCUGACCGCGCCGCUCUUCGCCAUGGCCGUCCUACUCGCGCUGACGGGUUGCAUCACGUACGCGAGGCGCAUGAGCGGCGAUGCCACGAUGGCAAUCACCCUGGUCACGCUCAUGACACUCGGCGUGCUCACCGCGCUCGUGCAGGCCGGAAGCUUCGCCCUGGCGUCCGUCUUGCCGCCGGUGUACAACCAGGCCAUCAUGUCCGGCCAGGCCGUCGCCGGCAUCGCGACGGCGGUCAUCGCGCUCCUCUCCACCGCGGCCGGGAGAUCAGGGGACGACGACGCGUCGGACGAAGAGGCGGACGCCAUCGCGGCGCAGGCGGCGGCGUACUUCUUCACCUCGGCGCUCGCGGUGUUCGGGUGCGCGGCGUCGACUCGGUUCCUGGAACGCAUCCCGUUUUACGCAGCCGCGGCGGCGAGGGCGGCACAGCUGUCGGGGCCCAACCGGAGGGGCAUGGGAUCCGCGCCGUCGCACCACAGGUUAGACAGCGACGCGACGACGGUGCCGCUGCUGGACCCGUGGGGGGACGGCGACGGGGACGAGACGGCGGAGGAGGACGACGGGGAGGACGAGGACGACGGGGAGGCGGCGGGGACAGCCGGGGACGGCAGGUGGUUCUACCGCCUGGCCGUCGCGCUCACGUUCACCGUGACCCUGUGCGUGUUCCCCGCGGUCACCAGCUCCGUUUGCAGCGCCGCGAACGGCGCGACGUCGCCCCCGUGUUUGCGACGACCCGAGCGGGGCACGUCGCGGCUCCUCGGCGACUUGUUUGUGCCGACGCUCUUCCUGGUGUUCAACGUCGGGGACCUUUGCGGGCGCGCCUUCGCGAACGUGUAUCCUCGAACGACGACGACGACGACUUCGUCAACGACGACGGGUGCGACGACUUCGUUAACGACGGGUGCGGCGCCUGGCGGCCGUUCCGUGUUUGCGUGCGCGCUGGCGAGGUUCGCGCUCGUGCCGCCGCUGUGGGCGUGCAACGUCGUCGUCCCGGGGAGGUGGCGCUUCCCGAGGUUCCUCGCGGGCACCGACGUCGCGCCGGCGCUGCUCGUGGCGGCGCUGGCCUUCACCAACGGGCACCUGGCGUCGGUGUGCAUGAUGUACGGACCUUCGCGGUUGGUACCGCGGGAGAGGGCGGAGGAAGGGGUGAAGAUGUCGUUCGCGUGCAUCGCGGGUUUGGGCGCCGGAUCCGUCGCGAGCUUCGCUCUUUACUCGCUGUUGCAGUCAUGAGGGUGACUUAUCAUAGGGAGACUAUCAUCAUGUGGUGACGAAUCGUCGCACACGCACGAUGCACGUAGGUCAAUCAUCAUAACAACACGGUAGGUAGUAGGACACAAA